AUGGGGAGGAAGGGAAUCAGGCGGGUUUGGAGAGGUACCCUUCUUUGUCAAUGUAUUACCCCUGAAACCAACUCCGAUUGCUUGUCGGACGGCGGCGGCGAGGGCUUUUCGACCACCGGAGGGUGGGAUUUGGCGGCGAAAGGCGGAAGGUUCCAGUGGGAAGAGGAGGACAGAGAAGAGUUGUUGAUCGAGAUAGCUUUGGAUCGCGGUACGAAGGGAAAGGGAAAGGGGAAGGAUUUGGAAUUGGAUUUGGGUUUUGACUCGGAUUUGAGUUUUCACGGCGAGGAAGGGAAUCUGAUUGAGAUUGAUAUAUCGCCGGGGAGGCUUGACGAUGUGUUUCACGGGACGUGUGAUUGA